UGUUGCAGAACACCCUUCCGUUAAUGAAAAUGGAGCUAAUGAUGCUUUGAAGCUAAUGUUGUCACAAAACUUUUCCACACAAGGGAUUGAUUUAUUGUUAAAUAAUCUAACACCACAUGUGCCAGACCAUGCUGGUGAUCAAUUACAAAUAGUUGAUGCUUUUAUCUCAAACAGAAGCCUGGAUAUGCAUCAGUCAGACUUGAUGGAACAAACUUAUGACUCUGCUGACCUUACAUCAUUUGAUGGAAGCAAUUUAAGUGACAUGGAAGGCGAAAGUCUUGUUGAGCGGUUGAAACAACAAGUUGAGUAUGACAGAAGAUGCCUUAAUGCUUUGUAUAAGGAGUUAGAAGAAGAAAGAAAUGCUGCUGCUAUUGCUGCAAAUCAAGCAAUGGCCAUGAUAACAAGGUUGCAAGAGGAGAAGGCAGCACUGCAUAUGGAGGCACUGCAGUACUUAAGAAUGAUGGAAGAGCAAGCUGAAUAUGAUGUAGAUGCCCUGGAGAAAGCUAACGACCUUCUCGCUGAAAAGGAAAAGGAGAUACAAGAUCUGGAGGCAGAGCUAGAAAUUUGUAAGUUAAAGUUGCCUGAUGAAUUGUUGGGUGAGACUGUUCCUGCAAAAGCAAAUCCAAAGGCUCCUUUUGACUUUACGGGUUCUAGUACCAUCGAAGGCAUGUACGAGCCUAGUUUUAUACGCUCUUCAUGGCCUGAUAUUGAGAACGAAAAGCUUUAUAUUGCAAAAUGUUUAAAGUGUUUGGAGAGGAAACUUUAUCAAUGUGCUGAUAAUGGCACUUUAACUGAUGCAUUUGAUGCGGAGGGUUCUGAAGAAGAAAUUGAAAGAAAGAUACAUUUUCCCAAUGGUGAUGGAAUUGAGAUAAAUGGUCAGAUGAAAGAGAAUGGAAUUUUAAUUCAGAAAGACUUAACCAUGCCUGACCCUGGGCUUCUUGUCAAAGAAGGGUCUACCUUUUCAAAUGGAAAAAAUCAAGUUGUUGGUGAAGAAAAGAAUCUUUGCAUUCCCAACGAGCAUAAAGAUUCCACGUAUAGAGACAAUAAAUUGGUCGCUUUGGAAAAUGAAAUCUCAGACCUCAGUGAAAGGUUGGAGGCACUUGAGGCUGACUGCAAUUUUCUUGAGCGCUCUUUUAACUACCUUGAAAAUGGAGAAGAGGGGCUCAUAUUUAUACGACAUAUUGCCUUUCAGCUGCAAGAAUUACGGAAACUUGGCAUAAUGCGAAAAUUACCUGUUCCGUGAGUUUUAAAUGCACAAGCUAAAGAUAUACUCCGAACGUGAAGGUACUAACAAGGAAACCUAAAGUGCAUUAUCAGGAAAAAAGAGGGAAAAAGAAAACUUGUGUGCAAAGACUAAAGAAUUCAAGCUGUAUUGCUCUACCUUUGCCAACAACUUUAAGGAGUCGAGAUAAGAUUUUGCUUGAAUGUACCACCUUAAAAUCGAAUGAGAACAGAACAAAAUUCCUUUUCCGAAGGAUUUGUAUGACUCCAUGGAUCGAUCAAAUCAUAUUCAGGAAAGAAGCGCACCCCUCCAGUGUCCCCUCCUUACCAGGAUGGAUUUUGUGCUGCUAUACGAAUUUAGGUUCAGAAAGGAGUAUUUGUUGACUGCAGGUUUGAGAGAUGAGACCUUUGCAGAUUGGUGUAUUUAACUUUUCCAAUGUUUGAGAUUGGUUCCCAUUAGCUGAACAACUUAAAAUUGUACAUUUCCAUCUGAUUCUAUCUGUAUUUGGUAUUUAUAUAUAGAGGAGAUAGCACUUUUUUUUUUUUACACUUUUUGCCGGCAGACAUGAGUCUGUUGCC